AACGGCCCAUUUGAGCCCACGCAGCCACACCGCUUCUUCCCCAACUCGACGCGGAGACCGGCCGCGACAUGGCGGCGCCGCCCGUCUCCGACGAGCUGGGGCUCGCGCGGGCGCGGUGCCGGGAGCUGCACGACCGCGUCGCGGCGUCCCCUUCCCUGCAGCGGCACCCCGCGCUGCGGUCCCUCCUCCGCCUCGUCGCCGCCGAGCAGCGGUUCCUCGACUCGAGCCGGCCCGACCAGGGGGCGCCGCUCUCCACCAACCUGCCCCACCUCGCCGCGCUGCACCUCCUCCUCGCCGCCCACCCCGCCGUGCGGUGCCCGUCCCGCCUCGCGCCGCUCCCGGGGGUCGACUUCGCCUGCGCCUUCCGCUCCCGCGCCGCCUGGGUGCUCCUCUCCGCGCGCAACCCGUCAAGGCUCGCGUGGGCCGCCGCGGCGCCCGACGGCAUCCGCGCCCGCGUCGCCGCGGCGCUGGGCGCCGCGCGCGGGGCGCCUCCCGCCACCCGCCCCGAGAAGCUGCUCCUCGUCUUCGCCCGCGGCGUCGGCGCGGACCCCGCGCGGGGGCUCGCGGAGGAGUUCGGGGCCGUGGAGAUCGACCUGCUCGUGGACUUCGUCGGCGAGGCCGACCACGAUAGCGAGGAGGAGGAGGGGUGGGUUAGCGUGAGCUUCCACCCAAAUGAGGACAUGAGGAGCUUCAGGGCGUUCGAGAUUGACGUCGUGGAGUGUGGUGAUGAGAUGCUGUCGUCGCCGCUGCCGCCGCCGCCGCCACCGUUGCCGGAGAUGGAGGUGAAGGAGGGUAGUUUGGGCGGCGAGUUUAGUGUCUUUGUGAGGAAGAUGAAUAUGGGAUCGAGGGAGAUGGUGAAUUUGGACACCACGGCUCUGGUUGCUAUAGUGUCAGGGAUCAGCAAUGGUGGUGUAGGUAAGCUGAUGAGCAUACCGGAGGCAGAGACCAGGGCAAGGUUCAAGUGCAACUACAAGUUCGUCAUGGAUCAGGCACAUUCCGAACUUCAGUCUCCAAUACUUGUUGAGCUGGGGAAUGCAGUGGAUGGAAAGAAAUGUAUCAUAUGUGAAACCGUUAACUCGGAGUUUAAAGAAAUUGUUACAAUGUGUGGUGGGCCUGAGGAGCAAACAAGAUCAAGUCAGUUACUGAAGCGGCUUAUAGUUGUCCCAGACAGUCCUUCAGCCCGUAUGAUGGAUCUACCAACGACAAGGAAGCUUGCCAUGAAGAACAAGGUGGUUUUCGGCACAGGUGACCAUUGGCGUGCUCCCACUUUGACUGCUAAUAUGGGGUUUGUAAGAGCCGUUUCACAGAGUGGCAUGCCUUUGUUGACCAUCGAGCACAGACCUCGCGCGCUGAUUGGCUUGUGACAACCUGAUAACCCUGUUGUACGUUUUGCCAGCCAAUUUGUAAAAGUGCAUUUGUAGUCGUAGUGUUUUGCUAACAAUACUCCUUAGAUGUUCCUUGUUCCUAGAACUGCAGUUCACUUUUGUUAUUCUACCUCAGUUAAGUCUUGUACAGCUAAACACACAUUUUCUUUAGUGAUGUACUACGCAGCAUCAGCAGUUUAGCACAUUGUCAUCUCUAUGGCUCUUCAA